GCUCCUUCCGCGCACCGCGGGAGCAGAGCAGUUCGUCCCCUUCCCUUCACAUCCUGGCUCUGCUUCUUCUCGCACUGCGACUCUCUCCGGGUAGCCAGCUGGUCGUGUUCCGGAUGGGCCGGCGAUCGUGGCGCCGGUGACCUUGGCCGGAGGAGUUGAGAUGCGUAACUAGGGGCCGAAUCAGAUCUGGAGUACCAGAAUUUUGUUUCUGAAGCAAAGAACAAACAGAAAGACAUGGCAACUACAGUAGUGGUGGGUGUCUCUACCGGCGCCAUGAAACCCGUUCUUGAGAAGCUGGCCACUCUUAUGGGAAGCGAGUUCUCCAAGAUGAAGAACGUGCGGAAGGAUGUAAAGUUUCUCAGUGAUGAGCUUACGAGCAUGAAAGAUCUUCUUGAGAGACUUGCACUUGUGGACGACGAGCUAGAUCCACAAACCAAGAGAUGGAGAGACAAAGUAAGGGACAUGUCUUAUGACAUUGAGAACAUCAUUGAUGACUUCGGGCGAAAGAUUGUUGAGAAAAAUGAAAAGGGUGGGCUCGUCAAGAAGGCUGUUCGAUUCCUCAAAACUUUCAAUGCUCGUUACCAGAUUGCUGGCCAGAUUGAUGGGAUCAAGAAGCUAGUGCAUGAAACUAGUGACAGACGCAACAGGUAUCAGAUUGUUACUCCUCCACCAAACGAUGCGACUAUUGACCCACGAGUUGCCAUACUCCAACAAGAUGCAGCUAGCCUUGUCGGUCUGAAAGUGCCAAUCGAUGAGCUCGUCGGUUGGCUAAAUGACGAGGAGAUGCAUUUGAAGGUGGUAUCGAUUGUGGGAUUUGGAGGUCUGGGUAAAACAACACUUGCGAAUGACAUAUACCGUCAACCCGAUGGAGGAUUUGAAUGUCGCGCAUUUGUCCCGGUGACACAAAAGCAUAACAUCCCAAAACUUAUUCGUAGUUUACUAUCUGAACUUGGGAGUGAUGCAUGUUCUUAUGAUUGUGAAGUAAAUGUUCUUGUCAACAAACUCAAAGAAUAUCUACAAAAAAAGAAACAGUACUUGAUUGUAAUUGAUGAUCUAUGGGAGAAAUUACCAUGGGAUAUUAUUAAAGGUGCUUUCCCAGAUAAUGGCGUUGGCAGCAGAGUAAUAACAACCACAAGAAUACAUGAUGUGGCUAAGGCAUGUUGCUCACAUCCUCGGGAUUAUAUUUUGGAAAUGAAGCCACUUAGCGAUGAAGACUCAAGAAGACUGUUCUUUAACAGGAUAUAUAACAAUGAACAAGCUUGCCCUCGCCAGUUUCGGGAUAUUUCUACUGAAAUUCUCAAAAAAUGUGAUGGUAUGCCACUUGCUAUUAUUACUAUAUCAGGCAUGCUAGCAUGUGAACGGUUUGACCAAGAGCAUUGGGAACAUAUACGAGAUUCUCUAGGUUCGGGAACAAAUUUCACGUUGGAAGGGAUGAGGAAAAUCUUAGAUCUCAGCUACAAGAACCUUCUUCCUCAUCUCAAGACAUGUUUGUUGUAUCUUGGUAUGUAUGCAGAGGACUUCGAAAUACCGAGGCAUCAUUUGGAACUUCAAUGGAUUGCCGAAGCCUUUAUUAGUAAAGAGAAUGGACAAGAUGUGGAGAAGAAUGCAAGAAGUUAUUUCAACGAGCUAGUCAACAGGAGUCUUAUUCAACCUAUAAGAUUUGACAACUGUGGAUUGGUCACACAUUGCAAAGUUCAUGAUAUGAUGCGUGAUCUUAUCUUGCAUAAAUGUGCAGAAGAGAAUUUUCUCACCAUAGUGGAUGACCCUCAAUCCAUCACAAAACUGGAUAACAAGGUCCGUCGACUGUCUGUCCACCUGGAUGAUGAUGAAAUUGAUGGAAUAAAGUUAUGGGGUAACAUUAGUCUGUCCCAUGUUCGGACUUUUAUGAUCUUUGGUGCGUAUAAGGGUAUGCCUCCUCUGCGAUUGUUCAGAUUCCUUCGAGUUCUACACAUUGAAAUUUAUGCAUAUGAUACUGUUGACCUCACUGGACUGUCUAACAUGUACCAGCUGAGAUAUUUAGGGGCUGGUGGUGGAUGCUCGGGGGUCGAGCUACCAACACAGAUCACAGGGCUGGGACACUUGGAAACACUUGAUGUACUACCCUUUUAUUUGCUUCAUCCAUUCGAUAUAUUUCAUCUACCAAGUCUGUUGUUCUUGAAUGUGGAUUGGCGUCUCGCUCGGACACCUUAUGGCAUCGGCAACAUGAAGUCCCUGCGAUAUGUAAAAGAAUUCGAUUUGAUGAAGAACUCACUAGAUAACAUCGAGAGUCUUGGAGAGCUACACAGUCUGAGAGUUCUAUCAGUAUACGGCUACCCGCCUGAUGCGACCAGCAUCAAGAGCCGCAUGGAUGCUCUGUGCUCUUCUUUGGGGAAAAACUGUAUCAGCUUGGAGUACCUGGGUUUGUAUAUCAAAGGCUGCAUGGAUGCCUUGAUGGACUUGUCACCUCCUCCUCGCCGCCUUGAGAGACUCUGGAUGGGUGAUAGGGUAGAAUAUUACUUUAGUGAGGGAUGUGAUUCUAUUGAUCAGCCGGCAGAACUGGGUGAGUGCAGCUCCGUUUUCAGGCUCCCUGGUUGGAUAUCAAAAGCGGAUGAAUGCUGCUUCUUUUCCAGGGUCCCUAAUUGGAUGGGGGAACUAAGUAACCUCAAAGAAUUGGAAAUCAAUGUCCGCAAGCCUGAUGUUGGCAUCCUGGCCGGAUUGCCUGCCCUCACUUUUCUCAGAAUAUACAUCAUCGAAUUUUUAAGGGACUGGUUUUUCAUCCACGCGAGAGAGUUCCCUGUUCUAAAACAUUUAGAACUCCGGUUGAGCAGCCCAUCGUACCUGGCCUUCCAGGCUGGUGCAAUGCCCAAGCUCCAGUGGCUCGGGCUGCAGUUCCGUGUUCGAGGGUUGUAA